CAGUAAAACGUCCAACGCAGCCAAUUGCCGUACUGCAAGAGGAGUUUAACAUCGUUCAUCGAACCACACGGACUGAGCGAAGACCGACGGGCACAGGGUGCCGAUAUCAGAUUCGAGCUAUUCAGACCCACGCAUCGUAAUGAGCAUCAGAAAAUUACCCGACGAGUUGGCCGCCAUCGCUAAGAAUGAACUUGGCGAGGAUGAAGCGAAAAUCGAGGAACACAUCGGGAUCAUUACCGAAUGGCUCAAGAAACAACCGCACAUUAAUGCUAGAGAAGACCCGCAAUGGAUAGCGGCAUUUUUGAGAGGCUGCAAGCACAGCUUGGAAGUAACGAAGAAGAAGCUUGAAGCUUAUUACACGAUAAGGACCCAUCUGCCCGAAUUAUUUGCCGAUAGAGACCCGAAGGGGGCAAAAAUCAGUGAGCUCCUUGACCUAGGAAUAUACCUUCCGCUACCGGCGACCAAGGACCCGGGUAGUCCCAGGCUAAUCCUGCUCCGCGGAGGAUGCUAUGAUCCUAGCAAAUACAAUUUCCUCGACAUAAUGCGGGUCAACUACAUGGUGAUGGACCUGAUGCUCAUGGAGGAUGACAGAUCAUUAAUCUCUGGGCAGCAGACCAUCCUCGAUCUGACCGGUAGCAAAUUGGAACACGUCGGUCAGUUCACUCCGGCAACCGUUAAGAAGGCGGUGACCUGUUUUCAGGACGCCUACCCUCUGAGGACGAAGAGUAUGCAUUUCAUCAACAUCCCACCAAGCUUCGACAUGGUUUUCAACAUCUUCAAGCUGUUCCUGAAGGAGAAGCUGAAGAACAGAAUUAUGAUACACAGUGACCAGAAUACCCUCUACGAGCACAUCCCGAAGGAAGUUUUGCCGUCUGACUUAAACGGAAACGGACCCUCGAUCGCGGAACUGACAGCCGAAUGGAAGCAAAAGGUGCAGGACAAGCGGGACUGGUUCCUGGAGGAUGCUCAAUUCUGCGUCGACGAAUCAAAGCGAGUCGGGAAACCGGUUUCGGGAGCCGAUCUCUUUGGGGUCGACGGCAGCUUCAAGAAGCUCAGCAUCGAUUAGGGCUUCGCAAGUUCUUCGACUUCUAAAAAUCAGAAGACGUUCCUACGUAUGAAAAUGAUAAUAAGAAGAACAAGUGUACACGAAAUCCUUUGCAAAAGAUUAUCUUCAUCAAGCCGGCAACGUUUGUAUGCAUAUUUCUC